UAGUGAAGUGAAAUACUGGCGCGAGUCACCGAGUAAGCAAGAGGGCGACCGAUUAAGCUUUCCAGUUUGUGUUCCGACCCAACAGCAGCUGGUGUGUUUUGUGCUGCCGGGUCGCCGUUGCCACUCGUUUACUGCAAUCGUUUGAUCACAUAUUAUGACAUCGACAAUAAUAUCAUGACGUUAAUCGUCGACCGUUUAAAUUAAAUAUAGAAUUUUACGCAAGGCUGUGUUUGUAGUGUUGUGUUUAAAGACAAAGUGCGUUACAAACAAUUUUAAGAAACCGAAGGCGCUGUUAACUAACUGUUAAGUUUAAAAAGACAAAACAGUUACUAAUCCAGGAUGGCGGUGUUUGGCAUGGCCUCCGCGGUAGCGGGCUUCAUCAAAGUCCGCUACCUUAUCGACAAAGCUGUGAUUGACAACAUGGUGUUUAGGAUGCAUUAUCGCAUCACAUCUGCCAUAUUAUUCUUGUGCUGCAUACUUGUGACGGCCAAUAACCUUAUAGGCGAUCCAAUAAGCUGCAUCAACGACAGCGCCAUACCCGGCCACGUGCUCAAUACCUAUUGCUGGGUGACGUACACCUUCACGCUACCCAAUUCCGACUCAAAGACUGUAGCCCACCCGGGUCUAGGCAACGAUUACGAGCAAGACAAGCGCAUACACUCAUACUAUCAAUGGGUUCCGUUCAUGUUAUUCUUCCAGGGUGUAUUGUUCUAUACUCCCCAUUGGAUAUGGAAGAAUUGGGAGGAGGGCAAGGUUCGCAUGAUCUCUGAUGGUAUGCGAGGAACAGCCGCCAACAUCGCCGAUGACAGAAACAGUCGUCAGAAUCGUCUAGUGCAGUAUUUAAUGGAUACCCUGCAUAUGCAUAACGCUUACUCGUUUGGAUAUUUCUUUUGUGAAGUACUGAAUUUCAUCAAUGUGGUUGGCAAUAUAUUUUUCCUGGAUACUUUCCUCGGUGGCGCCUUUCUGACUUAUGGUACAGACGUCGUCAGGUUUUCCAACAAAAAUCAAGAAGACCGUACUGACCCUAUGAUCGAAGUAUUUCCAAGAGUAACCAAAUGCACGUUCCACAAAUAUGGUGCGUCGGGAACAAUUCAAAAACACGACGCUCUCUGCGUUCUAGCAUUAAACAUUCUUAACGAGAAGAUCUUCAUCUUCCUGUGGUUUUGGUUCAUAAUCUUAGCUGUGGUGUCCGGCCUAGUUCUUGUAUAUUCGGCAGCCAUGAUAUUCAUGCCAAGGACUCGUGAGACAAUUCUGAAGCGGCGGUUCCGUUUCGGCACACCAAAAGGCGUCGAGGCUCUAGUUAGAAAGACCCAGAUCGGAGACUUCUUACUCCUGCAUCUACUCGGUCAGAAUAUGUCUCUACGAGUAUUCGGGGAAGUGUUAGAUGAAUUGUCGAGACGGCUCCACCUCGGCUCCAACGCCCCUUCAGCACCAUCCACCCUCGAAAUGGCGCCAAUAUACCCGGACAUCGGCAAAUUCCCCAAGGAGACCGAAACGUAAACAGUAUAAAUCUAAUGGGAGUGCAGGUGAGCACAAUAGGGAUGGCCGAUUAUGGGGAAUAUUUCACUAUCAAGUACAUAGGAUCUAAUCUAAAAUCCAUAUUUCUUUUAUCCUACACUUCAUUAAAUAUGAACACCCAGUUUAAAUUUUUUACCCAAGACUUUAUCUUGAGUAAAAAAAAUGUAAACUGGGUAAACUUUUAUUAGUGUAUAGGAUCUAAUCUAAUACCUAUAUUUCUUUUAUCCUAAUCUUCAUUAAAUAUGAACAUCCAGUUUAAAUUUUUUACCCAAGACUAUCUUGAGUAAAAAAAAAUGUAAACUGGGUAAACCUUUGUUUUAGAUGUUUGUCUGCAAAUAAAUAUGAAAUCUUUUUAAAAGUUAUCUGGCAACAUUGUUUCUAUGAUCCUAUAUUGCAAACAAUUAAUGAUAAUGUUCAAAUUAUAUGAUCAUAAUAUGUGAUAUAUAAUUUGGACAUAUAAAUUACAUCGUGUAAUAAUCCCCUAUGACUGUAUUUUUUAACAAAUGAUUAUGUCAAGUGUUGACGAAACGUGGCUAUACUGAAUAUGCGGAAAAAGCGAAUAGACAGACAAGUUUUAAUUUUGAUAGAACGGAAUAGGUUGAUGUGCUCAUACCUUAGUAAGGAUAACAACAAACAAACACAAUGAACACUGGUGCAUUUUUAAAUGGAUUUUUUGUAUACAAUGAAAUCUCAAAUGGACUGAAACGUGUAACAAAAAAAUUACAAAUCUCAAUGUAUGUAGGUAUUCUUCUAUUAAAUACGCUAAGAUUUAAGAUCAAACGAAGAUUACUCCUACAUGAAUCAUUUAUGACAUUCCUUAUUAAUGUUAAUUAACCAAAAGUGUUAUUAGUAUAAUGAUAUACUAGCCAAUUUGCCUUUUAUUACGCUUCAGUUUUGUAUUAAGUUUUUUUGGUGUAAUGUGGAUGAAAGUAAAAAUGAGGUUAUUCCGUGGUAAAUUGUACGUACGUAAAUGAAAGUUAACAAAAGAAAUCACGAUAGAAUUUAAAUUGUAUUCUAAAUUAUUUUUAAAAUCGGUUAAGACUGUUGUUUCAGGUUUAAUAUUUGUUACUAAAAUAAGGAGCGAUCGGUUGCCAGGUUGCAUAAAUUGUGUACAAUUAGAUAUAAGUAUAAAUAUUUAGUUUAGCAUGAAGUAUCGUAUGCUGUGAAAUCAUGUCUUAUAUAUAAUAUUAUUUUACUCGAAUUAUGAAGUGAAUAGUUAAAUAGUUCUUUACACUAAGUAUUCAUAAUUUUUUUAACUCAAUUUACAAUAAUUAUUUAGUAUAUACAAUACAAAAUACAGUAAUCAAUAUAUUAAGAUUUAUCCGUUUAUAAAAGACAUUUUAUGACUUCAUAGUGUUUAGAAGAGUUCAGCAUGUUGUAUAUUACUUUACAAUUAAGUUUAUUAAAGCGGUUUACAUGACAAUAAUCGUAACAGUGAAUGUGUUAGUGUAAUUUAAUUAUAUCUUCUAUGAUCACUGUACUGGACACUUUUGGACAGCAAAAAAAAAAAACUAAUGAAAUGGCGUUCAAGUACAAACUGAUACAUCAUAAUAAAAUAGCAUUAUAUCACUGUUGCUUUCGCUUUAUUUUAUAUCGCAUUGCUUAUAACUGAACAUUACUAUAUAGUAUGUUAGAUUACGUUGCAAAAAGCUUUUCUCGCAUUGUAUAAUUAUUAAAUUAAAUUAACUCAAGGUAUUGUGCCAUUAUAAUUAUCUCAAUGCAUUUCGAUUGCAUAAUUUUAUGUUUUUUUUUU